GAAGACACUACAGUGGAAGACGCCCAUUGCAGUCAAAGAAAAUCAAACCAUAUUUGGUUGGGGUUCGUUUAUGUAAAGCUGUUCGAUCACGGAUCUCAGUAGAAUAAAAGUGUGCAGACUUGAAGAGAUAAGUUGAGGGAUCUGUUUCCUUUAAAAUUGUCGUCCGUUAUAUGUUUUCUGAACGCAUGCAACAUGUUACAAAGUUUUUUUGGACUUUUUUGUAUCUCAGCCUUUUGUCUUUUAGUGAGUCUCACGGGUACAAAUGCUGAAUGUCCUCUUGAGUUCAACCCACAGCGAGUUGUUGUGAGGUACGGCGGCUCUGUUUCAGUGGACUGCAGCACUAAUAUCACACAUAAAGGGAUCGGGUGGGAAGCCAGUGAGGGACCAGUACCCACGAACAGAGAUCAGAAUUUGAUCACCUGGAGAGUGUCGAGCCUCAGACAAUGGGACAUAAAGCCAAUCUGCUAUAUCAACUAUGACGGGCCACAAUGUGAAAAAAAUCUUCCAAUCACUAUUUACAAGACUCCAGAUAGCGUGUCCAUCAACACAGCUGAUCACACAGGACCGAUGAUUUAUUUCUCCACAUAUAAACUUCAGUGUGAUGUUGUGAAUGUGGCUCCUGUUCAGAAUCUCAUUGUGAAAUGGUAUAAAGGAGAGACUCUGAUGCAUAAUGAGACCUUCAUUUACUUCAUCAUGACUCCAGUGAAUACAACAUCUAUACUUCAGAUCAUUGCAGACAGAAGUGAUGAUGGAGUUCAGUACAGAUGUGAAGCAGAGCUGGAACUGGGAGCAGAAGGACCUCAACCUCCUCCAGCAGUGACAUCAGAACCUAUUCAGAUGACAGUAGUGUACCCACCACAACACAUCAGUUUAGUGGAGACCAUCGAAAAAAUUGAUGGAGAGGUCAGUCUGAAUUGUACAGUGGCUGCAAAUCCGACUGCUACCUACACCUGGCACUCAGAACAUCUGAAAGAGACGAGAAGCUCAUCAGUGCUCUCAUCUUCUACAUUGAGUCCAGGAAACUACACGUGCACUGCCAAAAACCUUCUAGGAGACUCUAGCAAAGUGUUUAUCAUCAAUUCUGCAGUGUCUGGUGACAGUUGCUCUCUAGGGAUAUCUCCCUUGAGAGUAGUUGUGAAAUAUGGGGAUCCAGUGUCAGUGAGUUGUGUGGCUUCUCGUCCGGUACGCGUACUGGGAUGGGAGUCCGUCAUUGGUUCAUCGCAUACACAACAUGACCAGAGCAUUCAGUGGCGGGUGGAUAGUUUGACUGACUGGAUUGAGGAACCGAUCUGCUAUGGCGUGUUCUUCACUGCACCUAGACAGUGUGAAGAAAAACUAAACCUCGUUCUAUACAAGAAACCAGACAGCGUCUCUAUAAGUUUAGUGAAUCACACCAGUCCAGUGGUGGAAGGAAGAGAGUACCAGCUACAGUGUGAGGUGCACAACGUUGCCCCUGUCCAGUACCUUGCUUUACACUGGUACAGAGGACAAACUGAGGUUUACAACCACUCCUUCUCAGAGUUAACACCUGCUACACCAGUGCAAGUCUCCUCCACCCUACUGAUAGUCCCAACCAGAGGUGAAGAUGGAGCUCAGUACAGAUGUGAAGCAAAGCUGGAACUGGGAGCAGAAGGACCUCAACCUCCUCCUACAGAGACAUCAGAAGUUCUCAGCAUUAAUGUUCAAUAUCCCCCUAACUUCCCCAGCCCUGGUGAGGAGAUACUGGACAUCAGUGAUGGUGGAGAAGCAGUGCUGAAUUGUGUUGCAGUGGGCAACCCCUCUCCUAAGUAUACCUGGACCUCCUCAAACCUUCAGGAGGUUCAUGAUCAACAAGUUUUGACGGCGACAACCUUAGGCCCGGGGGCUUAUACAUGCACUGCAUCCAAUAUCCUCGGGAAAAAGAGCAAAGAAUUCAUCAUCAAGCACAAAUCCAAAGGUGUUUAAGUCUGUUUAAGACCUUCAGAACAAAUGGAAGAUGCACAAAUUCACCCAGUGUGCUCAGGACUUUCUGAACACGGAGGUUCAAAAUGUAGCUUGACUUUAGAACGUAGAAGGUUUUUAUUUGCCUGAUGCCUUAUUUACAUUUACAUUAUAUUUAGGACUCUCUUUUUUCAGGGGUUUUGUAAAAUAUGAGAGUCAAACCUAUACAGUAUAUUUGUAAUGUGUAAACGCAGUUUUCCUAGAAAGUGCUAUUUUUACAGUUUCAACUGUGAUGGCUUAAACAUUGUAUGUUUGUUUUAUAGAUAUUAAUUCACAUAAUACUAAAAUAAUAUAAUGAACAUAGUAUGAUUCUGAAUUUUUGUUCCUGAAUG